UAGGAGCCACAUCAUUUUUUGUGAUUUAUUUUUGGCAUUUUUGCCUUGUAAUAGGACAGGACAUUAUUUCAUAGUAAACAAUAUGUCAACCAACCAACCAGCGAGUUACCCAUGAGGCUAAUGGUGCGACAGCAGCCUGUAAAAAAAGCUUCUGAAUCUUUAUUAAAGGAUUACUCCACCCUUACAUUUUUUAUACCACCCUUAAAAUUAUCUUCCUAACCUGUAAAAAGCUUUGUUCAUCCUCAGAGAGCAAUUUAAGAUAUUUUGGAUAAAAAUCAGUAGGCUUGUGACUGUCCCAUUGACUGCCAAGUAAUGAAUAUGUCAAGGUCCAAAAAUGUAUGAAAGACAUCGUCAGAAUAGUCCAUCUGCCAUCAGUAGUUCAAUUCGAAAUGUUAUGAAGCUACGCUAUUUUUGUACACAUUAAAUAAACUUACUGAAUACAAAAUCAGUAACAGUUUUAUUUCAUAUAGCCCCAAUAAUUUUAAUUGAAUACUGCUUCUAAAAGAUUGUCAAAAAUCUGUUUUUGUAAAAAAAAGUCUGUCACAGCCUAUGUAAUGCUGCAGUGUGAAAUUAUCAUUAGGAAACGUGCUGUUAAUAGGCAGUAGAAAAUCAUUUAUCGAUUACAUUUAAAUAUCGCCCAUAUUGCAUUUCCCUAUUUCUCCAUAAUUCCUCUACAAAGUGUAUUAAAAGGAUCUUUAAUGCAACCUAAGGAAUCGUUCAAAUGCAUCUGAACCAGAAUCUAUACAUCAGAUCCCUGUAUGAGUGUGAAGCCUAUGUCGUUUAGUAAUAGUAAUGUCCACAUCUGGAAAGGGAGUGGGGCGGGCUGAUCCGUGCCUGAACUCGAAGAUGACUAUGGCGUGUGUGUGUGUGUGUGUGUGUAAUCUGCAACAGAUGACUUCUUGGGGGAUGAGAGGGUCUGACGGAGGCAAACGUUUCCUCGGCUGGAGCCACAUCGGCUCGCAACGCAUGUGCAUGGAUAUAUCAAUACAGCUAAAAUUCACCAUGCAUUCGUCUUAUAGGUAAUCUAAACGCUCGCAUCCGGGCUGCAAUGAAUCUGUAAAGCUUCAGUUCCUCGAGAGGAAGAUCUUGGCGAAUCUGGACUGAAACAAAGGAAUGUAUUGAGUGGCCUGUUAUUCGCUCAUCGCCGGAAUGGCAUACUUGCUCUAUAACUUUCUUUUGUUCGGCAGCGGAGCGCUAUUAUUCCUUGCGCCUGCUUGGGCCAUUUGCCCCGAGCGAUGCGAGUGCCAGCACGCGCAGCAUAUCCUCUGCGCAAACCGCGGUCUGCGCGCGGUGCCCAAAGCGCCGCAGGUGGAGCGCGCAGCGGACGUGCUGGUUCUCGGUCUCGCGGGAAACUUCAUUCACAACCUCAGCGCGUUCGACUUCACGCGCUACGGGAACCUAAUCAGGCUAAAUCUCCAGUUUAACCAAAUAAGGAAUAUACACCCUAAAGCGUUCGAGAAGCUGUCCAUGCUGGAGGAGCUUUAUCUGGGCAACAACUUAAUCUCGACGAUACAAGCUGGGACUCUGCAGUCGCUGAAAAAACUCACAAUAUUAUACAGCAAUAACAACGAAAUCAAGGAGUUCGUUACCGACCCUUUUAGUCAUUUAAAAAGUUUAGUCAAACUGAGACUAGAUGGAAACUUAAUCGAGUUUUUAAAAGAGCCCACCUUCAGAGGACUGACUAAUUUAAUGUUUCUGCACUUAGAAUCGAACCAGCUUCGCCAUAUUGACCGCGACGCGUUCGCGCGGCUCGGCAAGCUGCAGUUUUUAAACCUAUCCGAUAACAAACAAACAGAACUGCGCGAUAUUUUCCUGUUUUCCCAUCUCAAGUCACUAACGACUCUUCUGAUCGCAGGCAACCAAAUAAAGCACGUCGGAAAUCACGUCUUUCAGAACUUGAAAAGGCUAACGAAACUCUCGCUGAGCCGCAACAGGAUUUCCAAGCUGGACGAGGACGCGCUGAAGGGGCUCGCGCGAGUGAAGGAGUUCAAGGUCGACGGGAACGAGCUGACAGAGAUCCCUGCUGGUCUUCUAGACCCGCUGGAGCGCGUCGAGCACCUGGACUUCGGUGACAAUCGCAUAUCUCGCGUGGACCCCGGUGCUUUCGGCCACCUCUCGCAUCUAAAAAUCUUAAAAUUGAAAAACAACCGUCUUAUGAAUCUCUCCGGCGGCAUUUUCGCCACAAACGGCGCUUUGUUUCACGUGGAACUGAAUGGGAACAACUGGACCUGCGACUGCCGGAUGGAGAAGCUUAGAAGUUGGAUGACGCAUGCGCAUUCCCAGGGAAAGCUGUUGACCGUGUUUGUGCGCUGCCUUAACCCCCCAGUGCUGGCGGGAAAGUACUUGGACUAUGUCAGCGACUCCCAGCUGGGAAAUAUGAGUGGUUUCUGCGAGUCAGAGCCUCAGCCAAUGGAGAGCCGGGGAGAAGUGGUGCAGUCGCCGGUUUUCAAGGAGGAAAGAGAGAAGAGAGAAGGUGGAAAACACGGAGAUGUAGGUGUCCAAGGGGACGAGGGGGAGCAAGGACUUGUGAAGAAGAAGAAGAAACUGAUCAGCACUAGGCCAAGACCCACAGCUGGGAAAACAGGGAACAGCUCAUUGUCUGAUUUUCCGACGACAACGGCCAUGUUCCUCGCGGGCCACAAUCACAGCACCUUUGCUUGGGUUCCACAGGAGAAGUUCAACCUCCCCUUACAAGACAGAGCCAAGCAUCACGACUCAAGGAUCGAAGUGAUCGCCGAUGCAUGUCAGUUCAACCAUCACUCCAUCCUGAACGUUAGCGUGGAAGAUGUCACUUCCAGCACGGCCACGGUCCGCUGGAGCACAGGUCCCGAAGCCGGACUGGCCCAUGGGAAAGAACUUCUCUUUCGGGUUUUAUUCGACCGCUUCGGCCAUGCUUUCCGCUUCCCACGCUAUGUUUACACAGACGGAUCCGACCGGGCGGUGACCCUCCAAGAGCUCCGCCCAGACUCCACCUACAUCACCUGCGUGGAGAGCGUUGUGGGAGGAGCUUUGUGCCAGGUGGCCCCCAGAGAUCACUGCACUGGAUUUGUCACGCUUUUGCCCUCGGUGACAAGCGAAGUCAACCUACAGCUGGUCACAGCAGCAGCCCUGGCGGCCAAUGCACUGCUCCUCCUUCUGGUGGGCGGAGUCUGGCUGGGGCGUGCGUUGAAGAGGCGGAUCAGAAGCAGGAAGUCGUCCUCUCAUGCACACGUACGUCACAUGUACUCGACCAGACAUCCGUUUCGCUCUACCGUGGCCACUACCUGUGUCUCUUCUGAAUUCAGCGGGUACCAGAGUGGCAGGCACCUGGCUGAAGAAGGUGACCUCAUCCAGUUCCCCGGUGACCGCUUCUUUGACAACAGCCAUGCUCGAAGAGACGACGAUGUCAUAAUGCUUAGAUACUCAGACUGAAGGCUGUGAGAAAAUAAUAGACAGUUUUGGCACUAAGUCAUUUUGGCUACAAAUGAGUAACCACUGAAACUGCAAAUCGUUUUCUUUUCUUUUUCGUCUUUUCAUUUAUUUUUAUCGAUCGUUCUGGGCCUCAGCUGCUGGUUGGCAGAAUUGCUUGGUUUUGUAAUUAAUGUCUUUCUGUCUUUGUAGAUAAUAUAUGACUUGUUAACCCUAUUCCAGGCAUGUAAAUCGGUAAGGUACAGCACAGGAAAAGUUUUUUGAUACAUUUUAUACGUUUUACUUGAUUUACAUGAUUUUUAAAAUAAAUAAAGAUGUAGUCUUUAUUAGUAA